AUGACAACUUUUCUAUCUAUCUAUCUAUCUAUCAGUGUCAUUUCAUCAUCAAUCUAUCUAGCUAGCUAUCUAUAUGAAUAUUUUCAUAAUCUAUUUGAUUCUUUUCACAUCUAUUUUCUUUCUCUGUAUCGCACUUUUUUCUUUCUUUUCUUUUUUCUUUCUACCAAUUUUCGUGCUUUCUUUCUUUUUCUUUCUUUGUAUCACACUUUCUUUCCUUCUUUUUUUUCUUCUUUUUUCUUUCUACCAAUUUUUCGUGCUUUCUUUCUUUCAGUCUUUCUUCUUUCUUUCUUUCCUUCUUUCUUUCCUUCUUUUUUCUUUCUACCAAUUUUCGUGCUUUCUUUCUUUCAGUCUUUCUUUGUAUCUCUUUUCUUUCCUUCUUUCUUUCCUUCUUUUUCUUUCUUCUACCAAUUUUCGUGCUUUCUUUCUUUCAGUCUUUCUUUUGUAUCACCUUUUUUCCUUCUUUCUUUCCUUCUUUUUUUUUUCUGCAAUUUUCGUGCUUUCUUUCUUUCAGUCUUUCUUUGUAUCACACUUUCUUUCUUUCCUUCUUUCUUUCCUUCUUUUUUUUCUUUCUACAAUUUUCGUGCUUUCUUUCUUUCAGUCUUUCUUUGUAUCUCACUUUCUUUCCUUCUUUCUUUCCUUCUUUUUCUUUCUACCAAUUUUCGUUUUCUUUAUUUUAGUCUUUUUAUCUUUCUUUCCUUCUUUCUUUCCUUCUUUUUUUUCUUUCUACCAAUUUUCGUGCUUUCUUUCUUUCAGACUUUCUUUGUAUCACACCUUUCUUUCUUUCCUUCUUUCUUUCCUUCUUUUUCUUUUCAGUUUUCUUUCCUUCUUUCUUUCCUUCUUUUUCUUUCUACCAAUUUUCAUGAAUUUUUUUCCAGUCUUUCUCUGUAUCGCACUUUCUUUUGUUCUUUCUUUCCUUCUUUUUCUUUUUCUACCAAUUUUUCGUGCUUUCUUUCUUUUUCUCAUUCUUUGUAUCACACUUUCUUUCCUUCUUUCUUUCCUUCUUUUUUUUCUUUCUACCAAUUUUCGUGCUUUCUUUCUUUCAGUCUUUCUUUGUAUCACACUUCUUUCUUUCCUUCUUUUCUUUCCUUCUUUUUUCUUUCUACCAAUUUUCGUUUUCUUUUCUUUCAGUCUUUCUCUGUAUCGCACUUUUCUUUCCUUCUUUCUUUCCUUCUUUUUUCUUUCUUUUUCAGUCUUUUCUUUCAGUCUUUCUUUAUAAAACACUUUCUUUCCUUCUUUCUUUCCUUCUUUUUUUUCUUUCUUUCUUUCUUUCUACCACUUUCGUGCUUUCUUUCUUUCAGUCUUUCUUUUUUCUUUCCUUCUUUCUUUCCUUCUUUUUUCUUUCUACCAAUUUUCGUGCUUUCUUUCUUUCAGUCUUUCUUUGUAUCACACUUUCUUUCUUUCCUUCUUUCUUUCCUUCUUUUUCUUUCUACCAAUUUUCGUGCUUUCUUUCUUUCAGUCUUUCUUUGUAUCACACUUUUUCUUUCCUUCUUUCUUUUUACUUCUUUUUUUUUCUACCAAUUUUUCGUGCUUUCUUUCUUUCAGUCUUUCUUUGUAUCACACUUUCUUUCUUUCCUUCUUUCUUUUCCUUCUUUUUUCUUUCCUUUUUCGUGCUUUCUUUCUUUCAGUCUUUCUUUGUAUCACACUUUCUUUCCUUCUUUCUUUCCUUCUUUUUUCUUUCUACCAAUUUUCGUGCUUUCUUUCUUUCAGUCUUUCUUUGUAUCACACUUUCUUUCCUUCUUUCUUUCCUUCUUUUUUCUUUCUUUUUCGUUUUCUUUCUUUCAGUUUUUUCUUUCCAUUGUAUCACACUUUCUUUCCUUCUUUCUUUCCUUCUUUUUUUCUUUCUACCAAUUUUCGUGCUUUCUUUCUUUCAGUCUUUCUUUUUUUAUCACACUUUCUUUCCUUCCUUUUUCUUUCCUACUUUUUUCUUUCUACCAAUUUUCGUGCUUUCUUUAUUUCAGUCUUUCUUUGUAUCACACUUUCUUUCUUUCCUUCUUUCUUUCCUUUUUUUUCUUUCUACCAAUUUUCGUGCUUUCUUUCUUUCUUUGUAUCCACACUUUCUUUCUUUUUCUUUCUUUCCUUCUUUUUUUUUCUUUCUACCAAUUUUCGUGCUUUCUUUCUUUCAGUUUUCUUUGUGCACCUUUCUUUCCUUCUUUCUUUCUUUUUUUCUUUUUUUUCUUUCUUUCUUUCAGUCUUUUCUUUGUACACUUUCUUUCCUUCUUUUCUUUCCUUCUUUUCUUUCUACCAAUUUUCGUGCUUUCUUUCUUUCUUUUCUUUGUAUCACACUUUCUUUUUCUUUCUUUCUACCAAUUUUCGUGCUUUCUUUCUUUCAGUCUUUCUUUUGUAUCACACUUUCUUUCUUUCCUUCUUUCUUUCCUUCUUUUUUUUCUUUCUACCAAUUUUUCGUUUCCUUUCUUUCUUUCAGUUUUCUUUGUAUCACACUUUUUUCUUUCCUUCUUUCUUUCCUUCUUUUUUCUUUCUACCAAUUUUCGUGCUUUCUUUCUUUCAGUCUUUCUUUGUAUCACACUUUCUUUCCUUCCUUUCCUUCUUUUUUCUUUCUUUUUCUUUUCUUUCUUUCAGUCUUUCUUUGUAUCAUUUCUUUCUUUUCUUCUUCUUUUCCUUCUUUUUCUUUUGUAUCACCAAUUUUUCGUGCUUUUCUUUCUUUCAGUCUUUCUUUGUAUCACACUUUCUUUCUUUCCUUCUUUCUUUCCUUCUUUUUUCUUUCUACCAAUUUUCGUGCUUUCUUUCUUUCAGUCUUUCUUUGUAUCACACUUUCUUUCUUUCCUUCUUUCUUUCCUUCUUUUUUCUUUCUACCAAUUUUCGUGCUUUCUUUCUUUCAGUCUUUCUUUGUAUCACACUUUCUUUCUUUCCUUCUUUCUUUCCUUCUUUUUUUUUCACCAAUUUUUCGUGCUUUCAUUCUUUCAGUCUUUCUUUGUAUCACACUUUUCUUUCCUUCUUUUCUUUCCUUUUUUUUUUUUUCUUUCUACCAAUUUUCUGCUUUCUUUCCUUCAGUCUUUCUUUGUAUCACACUUUCUUUCCUUCUUUCUCUUUCUCUUUAUUUCUUUUCGUGCUUUCUUUAUUUUCCUUCUUUCUUUGUAUCACACUUUCUUUUCUUUCCUUCUUUUGUUCCUUCUUUUUCUUUCUUUCUUUUCUUUCUUUUCUUUCUUUCAGUCUUUUCUUUGUAUCACACUUUCUUUCCUUCUUUCUUUCCUUCUUUUUCUUUCUACCAAUUUUCUUUUCUUUCUUUCAGUCUUUCUUUGUAUCACAUUUUCUUUCCUUUUUCUUUCCUUCUUUUUCUUUCUACCAAUUUCGUGCUUUUCUUUCUUUCCAGUUUUUCUUUGUAUCACACUUUCUUUCCUUCUUUUCUUUUUCUUUUUUCUUUUCUACCAAUUUUCGUGCUUUCUUUCUUUCAGUCUUUUCUUUGUAUCACACUUUCUUUCCUUCUUUCUUUCCUUCUUUUUUUUCUUUCUACCAAUUUUCGUGCUUUCUUUCUUUCAGUCUUUCUUUGUAUCACACUUUCUUUCCUUCUUUCUUUUCCUUCUUUUUUUUCUACCAAUUUUUCGUGCUUUUUUCUUUCAGUCUUUCUUUGUAUCACACUUUCUUUCUUUCCUUCUUUCUUUCCUUCUUUUUCUUUCUACCAAUUUUUCGUGCUUUUCUUUCUUUCAGUCUUUCUUUGUAUCACACUUUCUUUCCCUUCUUUCUUUCCUUCUUUUUUCUUUCUACCAAUUUUCGUGCUUUUUUCUUUCAGUCUUUCUUUGUAUCACACUUUCUUUCUUUCUUUUUCUUUCCUUCUUUUUCUUUCUGUUUUCGUGCUUUCUUUCUUUUCAGUCUUUCUUUGUAUCACACUUUCUUUCCUUCUUUCUUUUCUUCUUUUUCUUUCUACCAAUUUUCGUGCUUUCUUUCUUUGUAUCACACUUUCUUUCCUUCUUUCUUUCCUUCUUUUUUCUUUCUACCAAUUUUCGUGCUUUCUUUCUUUCAGUCUUUCUUUGUAUCACACUUUCUUUCGUUCUUUCUUUCCUUCUUUUUUCUUUCUACCAAUUUUCGUGCUUUCUUUCUUUCCAGUUUUCUUUCUUUCUUUUCUUUCUUCUUUCUUUCCUUCUUUUUCUUUCUACUAAUUUUCGUGCUUUCCUUCUUUCAGUCUUUCUUUGUAUCACACUUUCUUUCUUUCCUUCUUUUCUUUCCUUCUUUUUUCUUUCUUUCGUGCUUUCUUUCUUUCUCUUUCUUUGUAUCACACUUUCUUUCUUUUCUUCUUUCUUUCCUUCUUUUUUUCUUUUCUACCAAUUUUUCGUGCUUUCUUUCUUUCAGUCUUUCUUUGUAUCACACUUUCUUUCCUUCUUUCUUUCCUUUUUUUCUUUCUACCAAUUUUCGUGCUUUCUUUCUUUCAGUCUUUCUUUGUAUCACACUUUUUUCUUUCCUUCUUUUUCUUUUCUUUUUUCUUUUCUUUGUUUUCGUUUUCUUUUUCUUUCAGUCUUUCUUUUUUCGUUUUUCGUGCUUUCUUUCUUUCAGUCUUUCUUUGUAUCACACUUUCUUUCCUUCUUUCUUUCCUUCUUUUUUCUUUCUACCAAUUUUCGUGCUUUCUUUCUUUCAGUCUUUCUUUGUAUCACACUUUCUUUUCCUUCUUUUUUCCUUCUUUUUUCUUUCUACCAAUUUUCGUGCUUUUCUUUCUUUCAGUCUUUCUUUGUAUCACACUUUUUCUUUCUUUCUUUUCUUUCCUACUUUUUUUCUUUCUUUUUCCUUUCUUUUUUCAGUCUUUCUUUGUAUCACACUUUUCUUUCCUUUCUUCUUUCUUUCUUUUUUUUUUUCUUUCAAUUUUCGUGUUUCUUUCUUUCAGUCUUUCUUUUAUCACACUUUCUUUCCUUCUUUUCUUUCCUUCUUUUUUUCUUUCUACCAAUUUUCGUGCUUUCUUUCUUUCAGUCUUUCAUUGUAUCACACUUUCUUUCCUUCUUUCUUUCCUUCUUUUUUUCUUUCCAGUUUUCGUUUUCUUUCUUUCAGUCUUUCUUUGUAUCACACUUUCUUUCCUUCUUUCUUUCCUUCUUUUUUCUUUUCUACCUUUUCGUGCUUUCUUUUCUUUCAGUCUUUCUUUGUAUCAUUUUUUCCUUCUUUCUUUCCUACUUUUUUUCUUUCUACCAAUUUUUCAUUCUUUCUUUGUUCAGUCUUUCUUUGUAUCACACUUUCUUUCUUUCCUUCUUUCUUUCCUUCUUUUUUCUUUUUUUUCGUUUUCUUUCUUUCAGUUUUCUUUGUAUCUUUCUUUCUUUCUUUCUUUCCUUCUUUUUCUUUCUACCAAUUUUCGUUUUCUUUCUUUCCUUCUUUUUCUUUCUUUCCUUCUUUUUUCUUUCUUUUUUCGUUACUUUCUUUCUUUCAGUCUUUCUUUGUAUUUUCUUUCCUUUUUCUUUUCCUUCUUUUUUUUUCUUUCUACCAAUUUUCGUUUUCUUUCUUUCAGUCUUUCUUUGUAUCACACUUUCUUUCCUUCUCUUUUCCUUCUUUUUUCUUUUACCAAUUUUCGUUUUCUUUCUUUCAGUCUUUCUUUGUAUCACUUUUUUCUUUCUUUCCUUCUUUCUUCCUUUUUUUCUUUUCUACCAAUUUUCGUGUUUUCUUUCUUUCAGUCUUUCUUUGUAUCACACUCUUUCCUUCUUUCUUUCCUUUUUUUUUUUUCUACCAAUUUUCGUGCUUUUUUCUUUCUGUCUUUCUUUGUAUCACAUUUUUCUUUCUUUCCUUCUUUUUCUUUCUACCAAUUUUUCGUGCUUUUUCUUUCUUUCAGUCUUUCUUUGUAUCACACUUUCUUUCCUUCUUUCUUUUCCUUCUUUUUUUCUUUCUUUUUCGUGCUUUCUUUAUUUUCAGUUUUCUUUGUAUCUUUCUUUUUUCCUUUUUUCUUUCCUUCUUUUUUUUUUUCGUUUUCGUGCUUUCUUUCUUUCAGUCUUUCUUUGUAUCACACUUUCUUUCUUUCCUUCUUUCUUUCCUUCUUUUUUCUUUCUACCAAUUUUCGUGCUUUCUUUCUUUCAGUCUUUCUUUGUAUCACACUUUCUUUCCUUCUUUCUUUCCUUCUUUUUUCUUUCUACCAAUUUUCGUGCUUUCUUUCUUUCAGUCUUUCUUUGUAUCACACUUUCUUUCUUUCCUUCUUUCUUUCCUUCUUUUUUCUUUCUACCAAUUUUCGUGCUUUCUUUCUUUCAGUCUUUCUUUGUAUCACACUUUCUUUCCUUCUUUCUUUCCUUCUUUUUUCUUUCUACCAAUUUUCGUGCUUUCUUUCUUUCAGUCUUUCUUUGUAUCACACUUCUUUUUCUUUCUUUUUUUUUCUUUCUACCAAUUUUCGUGCUUUCUUUCUUUCAGUCUUUCUUUGUAUCACACUUUCUUUCCUUCUUUCUUUCCUUCUUUUUUCUUUCUACCAAUUUUCGUGCUUUCUUUCUUUCAGUCUUUCUUUGUAUCACACUUUCUUUCCUUCUUUCUUUCCUUCUUUUUUCUUUCUACCAAUUUUCGUGCUUUCUUUUUUUCUUUCUUUCACACUUUCUUUCCUUCUUUUUCUUUCUUCUUUUUCUUUCUACCAAUUUUCGUGCUUUCUUUCUUUCAGUCUUUCUUUUUUGCCUACCCUGUCACUCUGUCUUUCUAUCUCUCUCUCUCUCUCUCUCUCCUCUCUCCCACACACACAGAGAGAGACUCACACAGGCUGACCCAUUAACACACAUUGAUUCUCGCACACUCAUUCUUGUUCACACAGAUUAUUUCUUCCUCGCAUACACAGUCUCUCUUACACACGCACUCUUCACCAAACACCACUCUCUCUUUCACACACAUGCUCUCUCUUUCUUUCCUUCUUUCUUUCCUUCUUUCUUUCCUUCUUUCUUUCUUUCUUUCUCUCUCUCUCUCUCUCUCUCUCUCUCUCUCUCUCUCUCACACACACACACACACAUACAUUCAUGUAUGGUAUCUCUCGCACGCGUGUAG